AUGUCGCAGUCCCCUUCCCAGCUAUCAGCUAUCACCGCGUCUACCACCUCCCACCAGCCGUCAACGUAUCAUUCGGUACCAGGCGUGAUCCUGUUCAACACGCCGUCGACCACAGGCUCGCCCGCGCACCGCGGUUCAUUCACCGGGGAGCGGGCCGCUCAACUAAACCAGCCUGGACACGCAUUUCUGGAGCGCAUCGUCCGCAAGAUGCGCCAGCACAUCGAGGACCGGCACACCGCGCCAGAGGAGAAAUCGCACCUCGAGAAGCUGAGGCAUGAAUUGCGGGCCAUCGACAUCACGGUCGAGGUCCGCUGCUACAAAGUAUACCGAGCAGCUGUCUUCGCUCUAUGUUUUGGCAAAUAUUUUGUUAUCCCUAUUUGA